GAUAAGGAGCACCAACUUAACUAAACAACAAAGAUAAACUAAUGACUCUUCAUACAGUGACGGCGGCUGCAGGGUUACACACAGACACGGGGCUGGAAAACAUGGCUGCAGGACAAAAGGCUGAAGAAACUGUUUCUCAGGAGCUGCGCAGCCCCUCCGAGCUGAGGAUCGUGCUGCUCGGGAGACGUGGAGCUGGGAAGAGUUCAUCAGGGAACACCAUCCUGGGCAGAGAGGAGUUUAGGUCUGGAUUCAGCUUUUCUGCAGUAACGAUGAAGUGUGAGAAGAGAACAGGAGAAGUGUCUGGGAAGCGGGUCACUGUGGUUGACACUCUGGACUUGUUAAAAGCAAACCAGCUGGAGAUUGAGAGCUGUGUUUCUUUGUCUGCCCCAGGACCCCAUGCUUUCCUCCUGGUGAUACCACUAUAUCGAAAAGGAAUUAAAGACAAUCAAAGUGAAGUGUGGAGGACUGCAGUUAAAAACUAUUGCAAGACUUUGUAUAAAGUCCAAGAUCUGUUGGGUGAGAGAGCUGUGAGGCACAUAACCAUCCUUUUCACCCGUGGGGAUUAUCUGAGAGACUGGACGAUUGAGCAGUACAUUGAGGAGGCUGGUGAAGAAUUUCAGCAGCUUGUUGGGAAAUGUGGGAACAGGUAUCAUGUUCUCAACAAUAAGAACAGGAGCGAUCAGAGUCAAGUCACACAGCUCCUUCAUAAAAUAGACACCAUGGUGAAAGAAAACAAUGGCAGCUACUACACCAGUGAGAUGUACCAGGAAGCAGAACACAUAUUUUUAUUAAAAGAACAGGAGCUAAAUCAUAAACACAAAGAGGAACUGAGCAGGAGAGAAGAGGAGAUGAAACAGAAAUACAAGGAGGAGCUGAGGAGGAGAGAAAAUGAGAUGAAACAGAAAUACGAGGAGGAGCUGAGGAGGACAGAAGAGGCGAUGAAGCAGAAAUAUGAGGAGGAGCUGAGGAGGAGAGAAAAUGAGAUGAAACAGAAAUACAAGGAGGAAAUGAGGAGGAGAGAAGAGGAGAUGAAACAGAAAUACAAGGAGGAAAUGAGGAAGAGAGGAGAUGAAACAGAAAUACAAGGAGGAGGAGCUGAGCAGGAGAGAAAAUGGGGAAUCAUGGCUGCAGGACAAGACUCUGAAGAAACUGUUUCUCAGGAGCUGUGCAGUCCCUCUGAGCUGAGGAUCGUACUGCUUGGGAAGACUGGGGCUGGAAAGAGUUCAUCUGGAAACACAAUCCUGGGCAGACAGGAGAGGAGCUCUGGAUCUGGAUUUAGCUUGUCUGGGUUACUCUUGUCUGGAUUAGGCUUGUCUGGAUUUGGGAGCUCUACAGUAACAGCGGAGAAUGAGAAGAGAACAGGAGAAGUGUCUGGGAGGAGGGUCACUGUGGUCGACACUCCAGACUUGUUAGACACGGAACGGGUUGAGAUUGAGAGAUGUGUUUCUCUGUCUGCACCGGGACCCCACGCUUUCCUCCUGGUGACAGCAGUUAAUCCAAAAGGAUGGAAAGACACUGACAGCGAAUGGUGGGAAUCUGUAGUAAAAGACAAUUGGAAAGUUCUAGAUAAAAUCCAAGAGCUCUGUGGUGAGAGAGCUGUGAGGAACACGAUGAUCCUUUUCACCUGUGGGGAUUAUCUGCAAGGCAGGACGAUUGAACAGUACAUUGAGGGAGCUGGUAAGGAGUUCCAGCAGCUUGUUGAGAAAUGUGGGAACAGGUAUCAUGUUCUCAACAAUAAAAACAAGAGCAGUCCCACUCAGGUCACACAGCUGCUGGAAAAGAUAGACAGCAUGGUGAAGAGGAGUGGAGGCUGCUACAUCCAAAUAUCUCCUGAGAUUUACCAGGAGUUAGUAGAAAGGAUUAGAUUAAAAGAACAGGAGCUGAAGAGGGCACACAAAAAGGAACUGAGGAGGCGAGAAGGGGAGAUGAAAAAUAAAUAUGAGGAGGAACAGAGAAAGAGGGAACAGGAGAUGAAACAGAAAUAUGAGGAGGAACAAUAUAGGAGAGAAGAGGAGAUGAAACAGAAAUAUGAGGAGGAACAAUGCAGGAGAGAAGAGGAAAUGAAACAGAAAUAUGAGGAGGAACAAUGCAGGAGAGAAGAGGAGAUGAAACAGAAAUAUGAAGAGGAACAGUAUAGGAGAGAAGAGGAGAUGAAACAGAAAUAUGAGGAGGAAAAGUAUAGGAGAGAAGAGGAGAUGAAACAGAAAUAUGAGGAGGAACAGAGAAAGAGGGAACAUGAGAUUGAACAGAAAUAUGAGGAACAGUAUAGGAGAGAAGAGGAGAUGAAACAGAAAUAUGAGGGGGAAUUAAGGAAGAGAGAAGAGGAGAUGAAACAGAAAUAUGAGGGGGAAUUAAGGAAGAGAGAAGAGGAGAUGAAACAGAAAUAUGAGGAGGAGCUGUGUAGAAGAGAAGAGGAGAUGAAACAGAAAUAUGAGGAGGAACUGUGUAGGAAAGAAAUGGAUAUGAAUCAGAAAUAUGAAGAGGAAUUAAGGAUGAGAGAAGAGGAGGUUAAACAGAAAUAUGAAGAGGAAAUGAGGAGAAAAGAGAAGCUGAUGGAGAAGUUGAGGAAUCAAAUAAAGGCAGAGGAGCUAGAGAAAGAGAAAGAAGAAUUCAGGCUGCCUGUCAGGAUAAGGAACAGCAAUGGUCUUUCAUUUCCCAACAUGUCUGAAGGUGAAGGAGAGACUCCCAGUGCAGAUACCCAGGCACCUCCCAGAGUAGAGCAGAGUGAGAGGGUGAGGGAUGAAAAGAGCAAACUGCAGAAGGAAAGUCCAGGAGAGCUGGAGCUACAACUGGAGCUGAGGAGAAAGGGGGACAAAAUCAGAGUGCUGGAGAGAGAGCUGAGGAGAGCACAAGAAAGGGAGAGAGAGCUGCAGUACAAAGAAAAGCCAACUGGAAAUCAGUAUAGAAUACCAGCAGUACUACUUAUAGGAGGAUGUGUCGGGGCAGCAGUAGGGGCAGUAUCUGGAGCAGUAUCAGGUUCAGUAGCAGCUGCAGCAUGGAUGUUUAAAGGAGCUGUACUUGGAAUAACAGUAGCAGCAGCAUUGGGAUCAGUGACAGGAAGCAGGGCAGCAGUGAAAGAGCAUCACAAAACAGAGUGAUGAGAACAUGGGAACACUCUGAUGAGGAUUAAACUGCACCAUUCUCCUCAUGCUGAACUCUGAAAAGCUUUAGUUUUAUGUAUGAAGUGAUUGUAGAAGGUAUGAGGUGCUUUCAAUUAAUCUCACUGUAAAUACAUUCUCUGUACAUUUAAGAGAAACAACACAGAAGAUGUUACAGGAGACGUUAGAAAAGAUGUAGAGUUUAAUUAAUUUAAUUUCUAAAGAGAUUCUCAUCAGUUUAGAUGUGUUCUAUAUUAUAUGUUGAAACAUGUGAAUAAAGGUUUAAUGUGACUUUAUGUGAAUUGUGAAGCCAAGCUGACCUGCUGAUACUCUGACCAGAAAAUUCCAUAGACUAUACAGAGGUAGAGAUUUCAUUAAUUUCUGUUGAGGAAUGGAAGGAUAUUUGAACCACAUGAUGAUGAGAGGUCACUGGACCUUGGAGAAGGUUUGGUUACUUCCCAAGUUCGAUGUGGGGAAGAGCCAAUAUGGAGAAAACAAACAUCUUGUGCAGACAACAUCUGGCCUGCUGAAGUGAAGGGCUUUGUUGGUCCCAAGAUCUGCCUUCCAUUUGGAGGGAUUUCCUAAGUUUGUCAGCCGGCUCCUGCUGACGCUCCAGUGGCGCAAUCGGUUAGCGCGAUGCACUUGUAUAGCAGUAUGUCUGCAGAGCUAUGCCGAGGUUGUGGGUUCGAGGCUCACCUGGAGCACUUCCCUUUUCUCGGUCAGUUUAUUCCAGUAGGUUUUGCUUCAACAACAAUGCUCAUCAAGUGUGAGAUUAAUAGAAAAUAGGAAUAAAAUAAUAUCUGCACACGCAGACAUACCUAUAUUUAUGUAUAUGUUUACAAGUCAAAAGACAGAUAGAUUGAAUGAAUGAAUGAAUGAAUGAAUGAAUAUUUGAAAAAGCCUGAAAGGAGGUGUAAGAGUUUGCUUCUGAUCACAAAAUAUGAUUUUAGUGAAGGGGGAAGAAAAAGGGCUUGGAGAUGCCAGGGACUGAAUAUACCAAACACAAUGUGUGUUAUAGAUCUUUAUUUAAUAUAAAGCCCUUCACAACAGACAUGUCACAGGUAAUCCUUGUCUCACUCCGCACCAGUGACUCCUAUGGUGGUCGGGCGCCUGCUAGCUGGCUGGGCUGUCAGGCUGUCAUCCUCUGUUGGCUUGCAGAGUGAAAGAAAGCGAGCGGCCUGACAGCGUACGUUUCAUGUGCUUGUGUGCUUGUCUACGGGGGUUGAGACAAGGUCUUAAAAAACAAUUGGAUAUUCCAAACUGGAAGAAAACUGGGGCAAAAAUAAUUGCCAAUUUCAAAUUUAAAAAAAAGUAGUAUACUUCAAGUACUUGAGUCAAAAUAUGGCUUCAGUACUUUCAGUAUUUAACUGGGUUCAGGUUCAGCACCUUGGACAGUGCACCGCUCCAGUGGUUUUGAAGCAUUAUGAGAAGAAUAAUUGAUCAUUUAAUAUCAUGCAUUAGUCAAAGAAACCAAGAACAUCCAAAGGUGUGAGGUGUUUUCAGAAUUCACGGUGCAUUUUGCAUGAGGUGAACAGGCUUUGUUUAUGAGGGGAAGCAGAUCUAAAUAAAUAGAUCUAAAUAGAUCUAUCUGCUGUAUUAUUGAAUUGUGGUUUGUCACACUUGAGAAUUAUUGUAUUUCUUGUUCUUAUUGUAUGACUUAUAUUGUAACACUUGAAUGUAUUUGUAUUUGCUUGCGAUUGUAAGUCGCCCUGGAUAAGGGCGUCUGCUAAGAAAUAAAUAAUAAUAAUAAUAAUAAUAAUAAUAAUAAUAAUAAUAAUAAUAAUAAAUCGUUUUGUGUGACAAGCUGUUUAAAAUGCAACAUCAGCACAUAAACAUGUCAUGAAAACACUGUUCUGAAUGCUGCUGCAGCCUGGAAGGAGAAAACAAAUAAAACAUUUGAUUGUGUGUUUUCA